UCUAUAAGUUUAUAGUAAAAUUUUAAUAUGCAAAAACUAUAAUGUCCAUCAAAUUUUUUUACAAUUUUCCGCAAAUUGCACGCGAAGCAGGAUUUAAAUUACAUCUCUACAAUGAUGGCUUCAUGGAUUGGCGUCACUUAGGCACCAUCGAAAUAGAACGAGUACUGCGGGAACAAAAUUUGGAACAAAUAGAUGGAUUGCUAAAUCAUCUUUCCGAAGCACCUUUAGGCUCAAUAUUGAAUUCACACAUUCUGGAUAAUGGAAUUGCAAAAUAUUUUAUAUUCUUACAAUUCGCCAUUCAAUAUUUAUUAUUUUGUCGUAAUUUUUUGGAUGAAACCGUAGUGGAUCUACGAGAAGCCCAUGCGAAAUCUCAAAUUGAACUAGCAAAAUUAAAAACUUCACACGCCGAUGCAAAUAAUGAAUUACUCCAAUUGCAGAAGAAAAUAACACAAAUGGAAGCAAUACACGAAGUUAUUUAUCCAUGUCACCUGUGCACCAAGAAUUUUAUCAGUAAUGAGGCACUUAAUUUGCAUAUCAGUCGUAAGCAUUGUAACACUGGAAAGAUAUUCAUAGAUAAGAAGAAACCAAUGCCUACCACGAAAGACAUCGAUAAUGAUAUGCAAUUAAUUAAUGCAAUUAAAUUUGAAUUAGAGAUAAAACAACUGAAAGAACGUUUGAACGUAGCAGAGAAAGAAAUUAGAGAGCGAAAGAAGGAAAACGUUAAAACCAGUGGUGAGGAGCUCAUUAAAGAAAAUGUUCAUGUUCAGAUAUCGCCAGCUAAAGAAGAACAAGAAUCUAAAGUCACAGUCACUCAAAGUAUUGGCAUUCAAAGUAAUUUAAUUGAAGUGAAAGAAGCAGAUGAUACAUCUGUUAUAAGCGACACCGAAGUAAGAGAGCAAAUAGAACAACUACGAGAUCUGCAAUUAAAAAUACAAGAUAUUGAGACUUGGCGUGAAGAACAUAAUUCUAACAAUGAAGAUUGCAUAGCUGAGAUCAAUGAGAAACUAGCAGAUAUAGUACAAACAAUAGGGAAAUCAAUUACCAAUUUAGAUACUAUUGAAGAAAAAUCAAAUUCUAGACAAGAACAAAACUCACCGACCGUAGAAGACUUAGAACGGUUACUAAGUCAAAAAAUGGAAGAAAUUAGUAUGGUAAGUGUUCAAAAAAUAGAA